AUGUAUUCCAAGAGGUUGGCAGUUAUUGAGGUCACAGAGAAUUUCCUAUCCUGCCGAGCAAACGAGGACAUCAAAGAAGGAUCCUUUCUGACUGAUCUCUGGGGUAAAGUCAGCGAAACGGCGACCAGGUAUACAGUGCAAGUUGGAAAAAACAAGCACGUGGAACCCGAAGGGGUGAUCAAGUACAUGAACCAUUCUUGUGACAGAAAAGCAACAUUCAUCUAUAAAAGACGCAAAGAUGUCAAUCCUUUCUCGGGUAAAAGCCAGGAGGUCUUUUGGUUCAUGGUGGCUGCUUGUGAUAUUAAGAAAGGCGAAGAUAUCACGUUUGACUACAAUGUGACAGAGUAUGAAGUUGCGGAGCGAUUUCGUUGCAAUUGUGGGGCGGUGAAAUGUCUUGGUGAGAUUAAAGGCUUUAAGUUUUUGACGCCGGAGCAGCAGAAGUCCAGGGAAAGUGAAUUAUCUCCUGUUUUAAAAAAACUUUGGCAAGAACCUUGA